AUGUCAGGCAGAGGCAAAGGUGGGAAGGGGCUCGGCAAGGGCGGUGCCAAGCGCCACCGUAAAGUGCUGCGCGACAAUAUCCAGGGCAUCACCAAGCCGGCCAUCCGCCGCUUGGCUCGGCGUGGCGGCGUGAAGCGCAUCUCGGGGCUCAUCUACGAGGAGACGCGCGGCGUCUUGAAAGUCUUUUUGGAGAACGUGAUUCGCGACGCAGUCACCUAUACCGAGCACGCCAAGAGAAAGACGGUGACAGCCAUGGACGUGGUCUAUGCGCUGAAGCGCCAGGGUCGCACUCUCUAUGGCUUUGUGCAGUCGCGCUCAGGGUGGAGAGGUAUGGCACGCACGAAGCAGACGGCGCGUAAGUCCACGGGCGGGAAGGCUCCCCGCAAGCAGCUGGCCACCAAGGCGGCCCGCAAGAGCGCGCCGGCCACGGGCGGCGUGAAGAAGCCGCAUCGGUACCGUCCCGGCACGGUGGCGCUGCGCGAGAUCCGGCGCUACCAGAAGUCGACGGAGCUGCUGAUCCGCAAGCUGCCCUUCCAGCGCCUGGUGCGUGAGAUAGCGCAGGACUUCAAGACCGACCUGCGCUUCCAGAGCUCUGCUGUAAUGGCGCUGCAGGAGGCGAGCGAGGCCUACCUGGUGGGGCUCUUCGAGGACACCAACCUAGCCAUAAUUGCUGCAAUGUCUGGUAGAGGCAAAGGCGGGAAGGGGCUCGGCAAGGGCGGCGCUAAGCGCCACCGCAAAGUGCUGCGCGACAACAUCCAGGGCAUCACCAAGCCGGCCAUCCGCCGCUUGGCUCGGCGUGGCGGCGUGAAGCGCAUCUCGGGGCUCAUCUACGAGGAGACGCGCGGCGUCUUGAAGGUUUUCCUGGAGAACGUGAUUCGCGACGCAGUCACCUACACGGAGCACGCCAAGAGGAAGACUGUGACCGCCAUGGACGUGGUCUAUGCUCUGAAGCGCCAGGGUCGCACUCUUUAUGGCUUUGGCGGUUAAGUUCCGGUUGCAAACCGUACACGGUCAAAACAAGGCUCUUUUAAGAGCCACCCACAAAUUUCACAACGAGAGCUAGUUAUUACUAAACUUUUAAGUUUUCAGAGCAUUCGCAAUACUUACGUGCCAUUCAAUUGCAAAAUUUUAGAAUAGGUGUUACAG